CGCAGAUAGCACUUGCUGGCCACUUUACAAUGGACAGAAGUAUGGAAAAGAUUAUUUUGGACAGACUUGCCUGAUCUUAGUUUCUAGAUCCCCACCAGAGGGUGGUAUAGCUCAUUUAGAAACGUCAGUUAGCUUGAUUGGGUUGUACACAGUUUCUUUAAAUUUGAGUUAAUUUCAUAAUUUUCCAUUCAUGGAUUGACUUUUCAAUCCACUCUCAGUAUUGACAGGUUUAAUUGGUUUAGAUCUUCUUGAUUCACUGUAGGCCUUUCCCAAUGUGUUACUAUAGUGUUUUUUACUAUCACUUAAUUAAAGCAGCAAUCGGCAGUAUAAACGAUAACAAAGUGUUGUCCCUGUUUCGUUUAAAAGCUGGGGGCUUGAGAAAUGUAACCACUCAAAUUCAUAGACCGAGCUAUGGAUGCAAGGACUGAACAGCCAUGAUAUCAAAAUUAUAGUUGUAAUGAUGUUUUAAGGAUAUAUAGAGUGUUUCUUUACAGACAUUUGAGUAAAAACAAGCUUAUAUUUGGGGUUCUGAUGAGGUGAGACAGUUGAACUAAACUCGUGAGGCAUUUAUAAAUUAUAUUCUUCAAUAAUAAAUAGGUACAUAUCAUACAUUUUUAAGUGAAAAAAUGAACAGUGUAUAUAGCAACAGCUGAUUGCCCCUUUUCAAGGACAUGACAAAUACAUUCAAUUGUUUUCCUCAAAGUAUGCCCUGUAAUAUGUUUCUAAAAGCUUGGAUUGGAACAAGGAGAGGCAGACUAAUUCUAGGCGCAGAAUAUAAUUCUGUCAGGGUAAAGAUUGCAUGUAAGUUAUUCAAUAGGUUACUUCUCUACUUUAAUGUAUUCCUUCUUUUUUACCCAAAGUACGCACUAGGGUAAGUCUACUUGCUUGUAGUCAUCCUUGGUAGUGGACUUGAAGACUCUUUAUAAUCCUAUUUUAGGUCCAGUUAACUGAGAUUAGAAGAUGUUCUGGUCUACAUUUGAGAUUUUCAGGGGUGCCACGUAACGUUGAGGUAGAGUGUUCCGACUCCCAAACAGCGUUGGUCCAUCCCGUCCUCACUACCGUGACGUCACUCUUGGGAACUGUCCUUACAGUGGUGGUGCUGAACAAGAUGGCUGUGAGUCGGGGAGUGGAGAGCUGAGGAGGAGGAAAUAUACCCCCCCUCCCUCCCCCCAAAUUGAUCCAGACUCAGUGAGUGAGAGGGAAAGGCCAGCUUUUUUUUAUUGUCACAUAGCAGUGACACGCAAUAGCUUAGUUGUGAAGCGGAGCUGAUUACGUCCACCUAUUUAUACAGGCUAUAGAGACAGAUAUCUACUCCGGAUUGAAGCCGGUGGACAUCUGGGAUCGAUCAUAGCCAGAGCUAAGAGAUGUCAUUGCUGUGUGUUGGAGUGAAGAAAGCCAAACUCGAUGGAGCCCAAGAGAAAUUUAACACCUACGUGACGCUGAAAGUGCAGAACGUCAAGAGCACAACCAUCGCUGUGCGUGGUGCCCAGCCAUGCUGGGAGCAGGACUUCAUGUUUGAGAUCAACAGGCUGGAUCUGGGGCUGACAGUGGAGGUGUGGAACAAAGGGUUAAUCUGGGACACCAUGGUGGGCACCUUGUGGAUCCCCUUGGAAAACAUCCGCCAGUCUGAUGAGGAGGGGCCGGGGCAGUGGCUGACCCUAGACUCCCAGGUCAUCAUGGCUGAGAAUGAGAUCACAGGCACCAAAGACCCCACCUUCCACUGCGUGCUGCUGGACAGCCGAUUUGAACUGCCAUUAGACAUUCCAGAGGAUGAGGCUCAAUACUGGGCCAAGAAACUGGAGCAGCUCAACUCCAUGAGGGACCAGGGCUACACAUACCAGGAAGAGGAGAGACCACUUCAAGCACCAUCAACACAAUGCUGUAACUGGAGUCUGUGGGGAAACCAGCAAAAUGAGGACCCAGACAGUGCGAUGGACGACAGAGAUAGUGACUACCGCAGUGAGACCAGUAACAGCAUCCCCCCUCCCUUCUACACCAUGUCUCAGCCCAACACCUCCAUGCACCAGAACCCCAUCCUGAGAGACCAGCGCUACUCCUCGCACAUCUCCUACAACGGCUCCAUCCAAGAGCUGGACUAUGACAACCAUAGAGCCAGCAGAUGCUAUGAUACUUUAGACUCAGCCACCAACGGGCACAGCGAUCUCGAUUCAGCUUCAGGUUCGAGCCGGCACACCAGCCGCCAGUACACUCUAGACAGUAGGCACUCACUCUCCGAUAGUCCUACAGGCAGCAGUCACUAUGCCUCCUCCGGGGAGCUGAGUCAAGGCAGCUCCCAGCUCAGUGAGGAGUUUGGCCCAGAGGUCGAGGGGAGCAUGAGGGGCUCUGUGGAGCUCUACAAUGAGAACGACGCCUACCACUCCUGUCACUCCUCUGUCAGCUACGGCUGGGAUCCCGACGCACCCGAAGAGGUGUACAGUGACGAGGGGGGAUACAUCAAAGAUGACGAGGAGGAGGGUGAGCUUUAUGAGCCCGAAGAUGGAGAGGGGGAGUACGACUAUGAGAGAGAGGAGGAGGAGGAGAUGGACAGCACGCUAAGCGAGGAGCUGCACUACACCCCCUCCCCUACAAGCACGGCUUCCACGCUGGCCCCCAAGGCCUCCAUUGCCAGGCCUCCUCUGGAGAAACAGGCCUCCCUGAGAGAGCAGCAGCCACAACCCCUCACACUGGUUCCCUCUUCCCUGUCCCCCACCACUCAAGCCCACUCGUUCCGUACAGUCUGCUUGUGUGUCUGUGUAUCUGACUGUGGUCCAUGUGUCUACAGUCCUACAGGCAGCAGUCACUAUGCCUCCUCCGGGGAGCUGAGUCAAGGCAGCUCCCAGCUCAGUGAGGAGUUUGGCCCAGAGGUCGAGGGGAGCAUGAGGGGCUCUGUGGAGCUCUACAAUGAGAACGACGCCUACCACUCCUGUCACUCCUCUGUCAGCUACGGCUGGGAUCCCGACGCACCCGAAGAGGUGUACAGUGACGAGGGGGGAUACAUCAAAGAUGACGAGGAGGAGGGUGAGCUUUAUGAGCCCGAAGAUGGAGAGGGGGAGUACGACUAUGAGAGAGAGGAGGAGGAGGAGAUGGACAGCACGCUAAGCGAGGAGCUGCACUACACCCCCUCCCCUACAAGCACGGCUUCCACGCUGGCCCCCAAGGCCUCCAUUGCCAGGCCUCCUCUGGAGAAACAGGCCUCCCUGAGAGAGCAGCAGCCACAACCCCUCACACUGGUUCCCUCUUCCCUGUCCCCCACCACUCAAGCCCACUCAAUGCUCCCUUUCCAGCCCCCUGUCACCACAGCCUCCACCAAGCCUACCUUCACCCCAAUGAUCCAUCCAUCCCUCAUCCAGCCCCUGGCGCCCACAGCCCAGCCCCCUGCUCCAGAUACCCAGCCUCCGGUGUCUGAUGCCCUGGAUGACAUCCACCUAAACAUCCAAGUGGAGAAGCCUCUGACUUUAGAGGAGGAGGUCCCUGUCGUAGAGAGCCUCCCAGCAGAAGUCCCCCCAGAGAAGAUCGAGACACCGGGCGUCAGCUAUCAGAGGCCCAUCAUGGAGCCUGGUUCAGACAGGGCUAGGGCCAACUGGCAACGGCUCUGCAGCAAGGUCCGACUACAGCUGCAGCGGGCUCGGGGGGAGUCCAUUGGGAUUUGCUCCCUGUUGCUAUCAGCAGGAGGCUGCCCCAAAACAACACCGGCAAAGAAGAGGUACUCGAGGCGGUAUUCUGACAAGCGUACAGACAAGUCAGCCGUGUCUGGUGCCAUCAGGAUGCACAUCAAUGUGGAGAUCAAAGGAGAGGAAACAGUCGCUCCAUAUCAUGUCCAAUACACCUGUCUGCACGAGAACCUCUUCCACUUUGUCACAGAUGUGCAGAGCUCUGGUGUUGUGAAGAUUCCUGAUGCUAAAGGGGAUGAUGCGUGGAAGGUGUACUUUGAUGAGACUCCUCAGGAGAUAGUGGAUGAGUUUGCCAUGCGCUACGGAGUGGAGUCAAUCUAUCAGGCUAUGACUCACUUUGCCUGCCUGUCGUCUAAGUACAUGUGCCCUGGGGUGCCGGCGGUAAUGAGUACCCUGCUGGCCAACAUCAAUGCAUACUAUGCCCACAGCACCCAGGCUACCAACAGCGUGUCUGCUUCCGACCGUUUUGCCGCAUCCAACUUCGGGAAAGAACGAUUUGUGAAGCUCCUAGACCAACUCCACAACUCCCUUAGGAUUGAUCUGUCCAUGUACCGGAAUAACUUCCCAGCCAGCAGUCCUGAGAGGCUGCAGGACCUCAAGUCUACUGUGGAUCUGCUCACCAGCAUCACCUUCUUCAGGAUGAAGGUCCAGGAGCUACAGAGUCCCCCUAGAGCCAGUCAGGUGGUGAAGGACUGUGUCAAGGCCUGUCUCAACUCCACCUACGAAUACAUCUUCAACAACUGUCACGAACUCUACAGCCGCGAGUACCAGACAGACCCGGCCAAGCCAGGAGUGGUCGCUCCAGAGGAGCAGGGUCCCAGCAUCAAGAACCUGGACUUCUGGUCCAAACUCAUCACCCUCAUCGUGUCCAUCAUAGAGGAAGACAAGAACUCCUACACACCCUGCCUAAACCAGUUUCCUCAGGAGCUCAACGUGGGUAAAAUCAGUGCUGAGGUGAUGUGGAACCUGUUUGCUCAGGAUAUGAAGUAUGCCAUGGAGGAGCAUGAGAAGAACCGGCUGUGUAAGAGUGCAGAUUACAUGAACUUGCACUUCAAGGUCAAGUGGCUGUACAACGAGUACUGCAGAGACCUGCCCUUCUUUAAGAGCCGUGUGCCUGAGUACCCGGCGUGGUUCGAGCCAUUUGUCAUCCAGUGGUUGGACGAGAAUGAGGAAGUGUCUCGAGAUUUCCUGCAUGGUGCACUGGAGAGGGACAAAAAGGACGGGUUCCAGGUGACUUCGGAGCAUGCUCUGUUCUCCUGCUCCGUGGUGGAUGUCUUCUCUCAGCUCAACCAGAGCUUUGAGAUCAUCCGCAAGCUGGAGUGUCCCGACCCCCAGAUCGUAGGCAACUGCAUGAAACGCUUCGCCAAGACAAUUGGCAAUGUUCUCAUAUCCUACUCUGACAUUAUCUCCAAGUGCUUUGCUAACUACGUCAACAUGGAGAAAGUGCCAUGCAUCCUGAUCAACAACAUCCAGCAGCUUAGAGUUCAACUGGAGAGGAUGUUUGAGGCCAUGGGAGGAAAGGAUCUGUGCAAGGAGGCCAGUGACUUCCUGAAAGACCUGCAGUUGAAGCUUAACACUGUGAUGGAUGAUCUCAGCAGGAUCUUUUCUGUCAGUUUCCAGCCACAGAUUGAAGACAAUGUGAAGCAAAUGGGAGACAUCCUUGGCCAGGUGAAGGGGACCAACGUGGGAGCUAACAACUGCAGCAGUGUGGCCCAGGACGCUGACAAUGUUCUGGAGCCUAUCAUGGAUUUCCUGGACAGCAACCUGACGCUGUUUGCUAAGAUCUGUGAAAAGACGGUGCUGAAACGUGUUCUGAAGGAGCUGUGGAAACUGGUGAUGAACACCAUGGAGAAGACUAUCGUCCUGCCCCCUCUCACUGACCAGACGAUGAUUGGGAGGGUGAAGCUUGCUUGUCACAGUGAUGGAACCCAGCUCAUCUCCAACGCUGCCAAGCAGCUGGGACAGCUCUCCAAGAUUAAGGAGCACAUGGGUCGUGAGGAGGCCAAAGCCCUGUCCCCUAAACAGUGUGCUGUGAUAGAACUGGCCCUGGACACCAUCAAGCAAUACUUCCAUGCUGGAGGGGUGGGUCUGAAAAAGACCUUCCUGGAGAAGAGUCCUGACCUGUUGUCUCUACACUACGCCCUGUCCCUCUACACCCAGGCCACAGACAAACUCAUCAAGACCUUUGUUUCAUCUCAGAUCGCACAAGUUUUCGACGGGAAGGGGGUGAAGUUCACGGCUAGUGAGGAUGUGUACCCAGAGAAGGGCUCUGGUGUGGACGACGCCGUGGGAGAGGUGUCUAUCCACGUGGAGAUCUUCACCCACCCCAACACUGGAGAGCACAAGGUCACCGUCAAAGUGGUGGCAGCCAAUGACCUGAGAUGGCAGACCACGGGGGUGUUCCGUCCCUUCGUGGAGAUCUACAUCGUUGGUCCUCAUCUAGCUGACAAGAAGAGGAAGUACGCCACCAAGUCCAAGAACAACAGCUACGCCCCCAAAUACAACGAAACGUUCACAUACGCCCUCAGUAACGAGGUGGGCACAGAGUGUUACGAGCUGCAGGUGUGUGUGAAGGACUACUGCUUCGCCCGGGAGGACCGUACCGUGGGCAUAGCCGUAAUGCAGUUGAAGGACAUGUCCUCUAGGGGCAGCGUAGCGUGCUGGCUCCCCCUGGGAAAGAGGGUCCACAUGGACGAGACGGGCCUCACCGUCCUCCGCAUCCUGUCCCAGCGCAACAACGACGACGUGGCAAAGGAGUUCGUCAAGCUCAAGUCAGAUCAGCGCUCUCCCGAGGAGGGCCGAGGAUGAGAAGUCUUUAUUCGCUCAGCGCCAUCUACAGGCUAGGAAGUCUUUAUGCGGACUGACUGCAAGCCAAACCACUGCCCUGAUUUUCAAGUGUUGGUGAAGCGCAGAGAAACAGUUCUUUACUAUAGUACUGUUCAUGCAUCUUAUUGAAGAGGACUUGUGAUACCAUCUACAGGCAUUGCCCUGGUUGUCUUGAAAGCACCAAUAUCUUUAUUAUGAAUAUAAUGAAUCGUCUAAUUUUGCAUACAUAUAUUCAUAAACACAACAAACUCACAAAACAGACCAACUUACUACAACACAUACACACAAAGAGAGUUUAAAGGGAUAGUUUGGGAUUUGAUCUACUUCCCCGUAGUCAGAUGAACUCGUGGAUACCAUUUGUAUGUCUCUGUGUCCAGUAUGAAGGCAACUAGAGGUAGUUUUGCGAGCCAAUGCUAAAUAGCUUAGCAAAAAGACUUCAAUUCCUCGGGUGGAACUAGUCGAGGAGACAGCGCGAAGAGUUCAGGUCUUUGUGCUAACCUAGCACUAACACUAGUUAGAAGUGGCUUACGAAAUGACCUCUAACUUCCUUCAUACGGGACGCAGAGACAUAAUGGUGUCCGCUAGUUCAUCUGACUCUUACGAAGUAGAUAAAGGGCUGCAUUGCCAAAAUCCUGAACUAUCCCUUUAAGUCAUAGAGUAUAUUGUCUUCUUUAUCUGUCCCUCUCUACAUUUCUCAUAGCAUGGGCCAUGUCUAUUUGUGCUCUUCCAAUCACACAUUGGAACUGGAAUCUGCCAAUCUUGACCAGUUCCAUGCAUAGGUAUCUAAAUGGUCCUGGGGAUCAAGAUCUUAUAAAGAUCUUGAAAGUCUUGACCUCUCGUCUAUUACUGUAUAUAAUCUGCACUUUCACUUCCUUUAUCUGGACUAGACUAGUGCCAAUGGAUCAAUCAAUAACGUUAUGUCAAGUCAAGCCCCGAGCACAAUUUAACAGGACCAACUGUGUACAGCAGACCAUCAGGCUUUUAGGCCUCAUCCAUUCCAAAGAGUAAGGUUUACACAGACUGGUUUAUGAUAGUGUUUCUAUGAGUUUUGAACCUUUUUUAAUUCCCCUGUGGAGUUUUCUAUAGGAGAGCAGGCUGGACUAAAUAUAGAUUGAAAUGUUUAUAUAUAUUAUAUAGAGAGAUAUUAUCGGUCAAUUUAUGAUAUAUUUAAAGACUAUAUGAAGACUUUGAACUUGAAAGAGUGUCCCUGUCUGUGUCGGUGUUUAUAAGUCUGUUUGUCUACCCUGAUACAGAGCGCACUGCCUGAAACCUUCAAAUGCCUUGUCCUGUCAAACCUGUUGUCUGUCUUCAGUACAAAGUGAGAGCAACCUGAUGAAGACAAGCCUCGGAGCACUGUGAUUCAUCAGUGUGUGUGUGUUUGAGAGAAAGAAAUGAGUGAGUGUGUGUAUAUACUGUUUAUGUGUGUCAUAAUAUUACACCAGUGACAUAAUGUAGACACCAGUGUUCCCUGCUUGUGUAAAUGUGUUAAUCACAGAAAGCCAUUGAGAGGAGAGAACACAAUACAGUAGAAGAAUGCGUAUUCUAUAGUACAUUUUGUUUCUUUGAGAAUUUCCUAAGUGUCUUUGACUUCGGGGAAUGAAAGUAAAACAUUUUUGAGAAGGUUUAUUGCUCGUUUGAUGGGCAAACAUUACGUGUGUGCACAGAGCUCCAUUCGUUUGCCUUGGAAAACAGCCACCUCCUCUCUCUCCUUCAACCUCUCUGAUCGAUAUGUGUCAGUGUGGAGGAGAGCAUUUAGAGACAAAAGACAGAGAUGUUUCUUACCCUUGCGUUGCCAUAGCAACCUCUUGUCAAAUGAUGAUGUCAGGCCACACGUGACCCCCACGGACUCUUUCUUCCCCUCUGCUGGGGCAGGCACACAUAACCUAGACAUGACCACAUUUACCUAAAAUGGCCUCUUACCAGGCUGUCUGGUCCUGGUUUUGUGCACACGGGGUCUGGUCACAAGGGCUAUAGUACCAGUCCUGCCCACUCCAGUGAGACUUGCCAUAGAUGGUGACUGAGAUAGCUUUGUGGGAACAGGACCAGUGUCUAGGGCUGCGUAUGUGAACACUUGCCGUCUUGUUCAUGGCGCUCACAUUUAGAAGCAGCACAUGGAAAGCGUGGAAGGCUAUUCAGCACAGGGAACCAUUGGAGGUGUAGUAGCUCAUAUUGUGACCAUGCUGUAUCUAGUGCCAUUCUAGGACCUCCACCUGAAUCCUUUAUUAUUGAUUAAACUACCUGGAGGAGGUUGAGGCUGCAGAGGAGGAAUGUAUGUAUUCCUGUGAUGUCAUGAUUGGCUUAUAUUAUGACUGUGAUUGUAAUGACAGGUCUCUCUG